CUCUCCAGCUGCAGACCCUCUGCAGGAGUUUUAUCUGGAUCUGUAUCCCUCCGCACCGAGCACCGCCAUGCUCUCCCCGGGGCUCUGUGUGUCUCUGCUGGCCGCCUCUCUCGCCCUGUUUCCGGCCCCGGUUCGGUCGGCCUCCUGUGAGCCGGUCCGGAUCCCGUUGUGCUGGUCCAUGCCCUGGAACAUGACCAAGAUGCCGAAUCACCUCCACCACAGCACGCAGGACAACGCGGUGCUGGCGAUAGAACAGUUCGAGGGGCUGCUGGGAACCGGCUGCAGUCAGGAUCUGCUCUUCUUCCUGUGCGCCAUGUACGCUCCCAUCUGCACCAUCGACUUCCAGCACGAGCCCAUCAAACCCUGCAAGGCGGUGUGUGAGCGGGCGAAGUCCGGCUGCGAGCCGGUGAUGAAGCGCUACAACCACAGCUGGCCCGACAGCCUGGCCUGCAGCGAGCUGCCGCUGUACGACCGCGGAGUCUGCAUCUCCCCGGAGGCCAUCGUCAAGGCAGAGGGGCCGGAUCCGUACUACCAGGACCCAGCCAGGUGUAACCCAGAAUCCAGUCCAGACUUUCCAAUGGACUCCAAAAGCCUCCACUGCAGAGGACCAGAUGGAGAUCGCUGUAGCUGUAAGACGGUCAAAAUGGGUUUGAAAUCCUACCUGAAGAACAACUACAACUACGUGAUCAGGGCGAGGGUGAGGGAGGUGAGGAACCGCGGCCUGGAGCCCACGGCGGUGGUGGAGGUGAAGGAGGUGCUCAAGUCUUCCCUUGUCAACAUUCCCAGGGAGGUCCAGACGCUCUACUACUCCUCCUCCUGCCUGUGUCCCCCCCUGACUACUGGGGAGGAGUACCUCAUUAUGGGCUACGAGAAUGAGGAGACGUCCAGGUUGCUCCUGAUUGACGGCUCCAUUGCUCAAAGGUGGAAGGAAAAAAUGGGCAGGAAGGUCAAGAGAUGGGAUAAGAUCCUGCAGGCGAGAGGCAGAGGAGCUCAGCGCCAGGGUCGCCACUGAGAUGUGUGUGUGUGUGUGUGUGUGUGUGUGUUUGCUCAUGUGAUUGUAUGUGUGUGUAGAUAUUGCACUAUCACAGGCUGUUGAAGCUGAAUGUAGUUCAUCUCUGCAUCUAUCAGACAGUUUGGAGUCUUACGUUUUGUCAUUUAUAUUUUUUUGCACAAACAUUAUUAAGCCUGUGUUUUUUGAUUGUGUUUGCAAAAAUGUGUGUGUGAAUGUGUGUGUGUGUGUGUGUGUGUGUGUGUGUGUGUGUGUGUGUGUGUGUGUGUGUGUGUGUGUGUGUGUGUGUGUGUGUGUGUGAGAGAGAGUGUGUGUGAGUGUGAACCCUUAAAGCACUCAAUAAAGACAAGGGAGGGGUGAAGCUUUACUAAACCCUACGCACAGCCAUACAGUAUGUACGUGACACUUUUUGGGUCAAAGAAUAUUCAUAAUUCAGCAAUAUUAAAAACUUCAUUCCAUAGUCCAUAAUAAUCCUGAUUUCUACCAUGUUGCCAUGCUGAUGGGAAGGGGGACAUUUGAAGCCAUUUAGACUAUAAGACAGGGGCCGUAACUUUAAUGAUCUCUGCAAAAAGUAAAGAAUAGUGUUUACAGAAACGGGAUUAGCUGUCUGUGAGUCAACGUUUCAGACGGUAGCAAGAAUCGAUGGCAAUCAUUGAAUAAAUAUGCAAACCUAGCACUUUUUUAAACAUUUACAAGACUGGUCUUUGCUCAAGAGUCGUACAACACAGGAAGUCCUUCUUCUCCACAUGAGAAUCCUGCUGUGUUGCACACACUAAAUGCAUCAUAUGCUACCAGCAGGAGAUAGAGGCGGGGGGAGAGGUGGGAUAAAUGCAUAAUUACAGACGGUACGAAUGAGCUCUGUGUGUUUUUAUACAACAGUCUGUCAACAGUCAGUGCUCAAUGUAAGAACUCUACUUUUAUCAGUAUACUCUACUAACACUCUGGACUCUUUACAGAAGUGUGAACCAUUAAAAUGAAUUUAUACAAUA